AAGUCUAUCUGUGAAAUUUCCUUGCUACUAAAUAUUCCACGGUCAACUGUUAGUGGUAUUAUAACAAAGUGGAAGCAACUGGGAACAACAGCAACUCAGCCACCAAGUGGUAGACCACGUAAAAUGACAAAGUGGGGUCAGCGCAUGCUGAAGAGCACAGUGCUCAGAAGUCGCCAACUGUCUGCAGAGUCGAAAGCUAAAGACCUCCAAACUUCAUAUGGCCUUCAGAGAGCUUCUUGGAAUGGGUUUCUAUGGCCGAGCAGCUGAAUCCAAGCCUUACAUCACCAAGUACAAUGCAAAGCAUCGGAUACAGUGGUGUAAAGCACACCGCCACUGGACUCUAG